AUGUCAGAAUUUUCAGUGCACGAGUUCGUUGAUAUCUCGGCACCUUCAAUUCAUCGUGUUGUCUUGCGUAUUCUUUAUGACUUCAUCUUUUUUGAAGAACUCCCAUUUAUUGUCGCUAUCUUCUUGAAUAUAUUCGUGACAAAAUGUCAAUCGACAUCUCGAAAUGCUUUAUGCGCUGUUUAUGAUCCUUUCAAGUUCCAAGUAGGUGGUGCGUUUCCGUUACACGACACGGAUUGUGUGCGAUUGAGACCGAAAACCGUUCAGGACAUCGUUGCCAUCCAGUGGGCGCUUACUCACUGGAAUCAAAAUCCCGCGAAUAGUGAUGCCAAACUCGGUUUGUUUAUUUCAAUGUUGAACACAUCACUCCACUUAUCUUCGCAUGCAGCAGUCAAAUACCAUGUACCGUUGAAGUUGGUCAAAAAUCAAUGCACCACAUGCGGUUGUUGGAAAGUCGAGCAAUAA